GAAUUCAUUCCUAGUUAGAGACUGUAAGCACUGUAAUUCAUUGAGAAAAGGGACAAACAGGGUAUGUUUCUAAACAAUGAGUUAUUCUUCUAAAAUAUACUCAAAACUAAUUUCGGUUUAUCUUUGUCACGUAUGCAUUGAAGUAAGUUUCUUCAUUUGAUUCAUAAAAUUAACGAAUGGCUUUCUCGUACUAAUGGAUUCGUUGACGUGAGAAAUCUGGAAAUGGUUUUCAAAUGAUCAUUGUGAUUAUUACCAAAUUACUUAUUAGAUUUAUUUAAAAUGUGUAUUUUUCACACAUACUCACAGUAUUCGUUCAGCUAGUCUCAGCGAUGUUUAUGGUAAACUUCGAAAUGUUUGUCAAAUUUUCAAGUGGACUGCAAUCGUUCAUAAAAAGAAGAAUUCAGGCAUUAAGAGAUGCGUCAAAUUUGGCCAACAAGGUGUUUCAAAUCUUAGAAGUCAUUCUCUUCACUCUACUUUGGAUUUUUUACAUACUAUAUUGUACUGGUGAAAAAAUUUAUCAACUCUUCAAUAGGACACAGCCAAGAUCAGUCAAAAAUGAUAUUGUUUUGAUAACAGGUACUGGGCAUGGCAUCGGCAGGGAAUUGGCUUUAAAGUACGCUGCAGAAGGCGCAACUAUUGUAGGAUGGGAUAUAAACAAAGAAAAUAACGAUUGUACAAUUCAACAACUAAACGAGGUAUACCCCAAGAAGGCCUUUGGAUAUGUUGUGGACGUAGCGGACCCAGAUAGUGUGGUUAAUACAGCAAAGCUUGUGGAAAAAGAAGUUGGUCAGGUGACAAUCAUCAUCGCUAAUGCUGGUAUCAUGCCCUGUCAUCCUUUGCUGCAACACUCCAGGGAAGAAAUUCGAAGGAUAAUGAAUAUAAAUGUAUUCCAGUUAUUCUGGCUUAUGGAAGCAUUCCUACCCACUAUGCUGCGGAAUAAUCGUGGCCAUAUUGUUGUAUUGUCUUCCGUAGCUGGUUUGGCUGGAUUCCCCAAUUUAGUUCCGUACUGCGCGUCGAAAUUCGCCGUUCGUGGAUUAAUGGAAAGUUUACAUGAGGAACUGAGACUCAAUCGCAGCAACCAAAUCAAUUUCACCACCAUUUAUCCAUUUAUGGUGGAUACAGGCCUUUGUAAGCAUCCCAGGGUAAAGUUCAACACACUUAUGAAGAUGCUGAAGCCUGAAAGGGUGGCUUAUGAGAUCAUGAUGGCUCAGAGGACGAACGUGAAUGAACUCUCUGUACCAAGUUAUCUUCUAACGCUCCAAAGUAUCUUAAGACUUUUGCCCCAGAAAGCAGUAUUCAGAUUCGUGGAUUUUUUGGACUCUGGAUUAGAAUCUGAUCUUCAAAAAAAUGCCAGUGAUUGAAGCAAACAUUGUUACUCAGUGGAUUUGAUUGUUUUAUUUGUUUUAAUAAAUUUUCAUUAAAUGAG